AUGAGUGAUUCCGCCGAAAACUACGCGGAAAGUGAUGAUUUUGGCGAUUUUGACGAGGAAUUUUUGGAGUUUCACGACGACGUCGGCACAUCGAUUUCCAUAGAAAUCGAUUCGAAACCCAUCUCAACAGCCGAAAGACUCGAAAAAUUCCCGGAAAUGUAUCAAAUUCCGGCGCGAAAACGGAAGCGAUCGUGUUUUGGGGUGUCGGAUGAGCUGAAUAUCGAAAAAUCCGUUCGAAGAGAUGUGAAAAUCCCUGAAAACCCGAAAAAUGAGCGAAAAUUGACGAAUUGCGAGGAAUGCAAAUUCUGGUAUCGCUCGGAAAUCUUGCUGCAUAGUCAUAUAGAACAGCAUAAGAACCCGCAGGUCAAGAUCCGCGCACCGGGUUUUGUCUGUCCAUACGACGAGUGUACCGUCCGUUGUGAUUGUCAGGAGACGUUGAAUAAACACGUCAAAAUUGAGCAUAAUCGACACGAUUUGGUGUAUGAUAUUCUUCAUUUCGACAGUUGGGAUGAGUUUGAGCGCUGGAAAGAGAAUCUGGAAUUCACGACGAUGUCACGCUUCGUUCACGCCUCAUCGAAGAAGAACUACUGCGGACGAUCUUUAUGGCUAUCAUGUUACUUCACUCGAACCGUCAAACACUUCACAAAUUCAAAAUCAGCGUCUGAUCUGAUUAUGCAUAGAAAUAAGCGAUCGAAAAAGUCAGAAAGAGCGUGUACCGCGCAUUUUGUUGCUCGCGAGACGUUUGGCCACAUCGAAGUGCGUGCAUGUCUAACUCAUUGUGGUCACGAGGGACUCAUUCAUAUCCAUAAUUUGCCGCUGUCAAAGUUGAUCAAAAGUGAAAUUGCGAAUGAGUUGUUGAAAGGAAUGACGGAAGAGGAGAUUGUUCGGAAUUAUAGAGAAACGUGUCCACCGACCGAUCGCCGCUUCUACAUUCGUCCAUAUGAAGUUCGUAACGUCUACUCGAAAUUAUUUACAAAUCAGACGAAUGAAGAAAGAAAAAAAGAAAUUUCAGAGAUGAUGGAGUUGUUUGAAGAGAGAAAACUGAAUGAGAUCUCCCCGAUUCUAGAAGGCGUCCCAUUGAACGAAAUCAAAUAA